AUGACUAGCUUGACAGGUAACCUCUUAGAGACGUGUUUCAUAAAGGUGAGCAUCGCGAAGGUGACUCAGAAGUGUAAGGUCUAUGUGGGACUCGAUCUCACUGAGACAGCACCACAGCGGCCCCUCGAGCCUCCACGUCAUUUCCGUAUGAAUGUGUCAGUGAUUUCGGAUCGUGCAAGCGCGAUGUUCUCGUUGAGAGCAUUCGUCAGUGUUAUUGUUCUCGUCAGCUUCUUCUUGGUUUCUAUCGAGGCGUUUCAUCUCGAUCUCGGAGACGGUUUAAACAGCUUCGAGAAAAGAUACUACAAUGAUCAGUCGAUGAACGAUUACAUCGAUGCAAUCCGUCGUGGUCCAUUCAGUGGAGUGCCGUCGUUCCGAAACUAUGUGGAAAGAAGGAGAGAUUGA